CCAUGGACUUUGCCCCGUGGCCAGGCCUGGCCCAGCUGCCCGGAGGGGGGGCUGCACCACUUCCCCGUUGGUGACAAUGGGCACCAGCUGGGAGCACUGGCCCCAGGGCGGCUCUGGCUAGGGCCUGGCUGCCCCUAACGAGCCCUGAUUGCCCCCAGGUGGGGCUGGCUGCCUGCCCAGGCAGGGGAACGGAGCAGGGCGGCCUGGCUGGGAGCAUGGGAUGGGACGGUCUGCUCCUGUCCUGGGUCAUGCUGCAGGUACUGGGGGCAGCCUGGCCGGACAGGGUGUAUGGCAGCCCCCGACGAGAGCCCCUGGCUGGCAGGGACCCCACCCAGCCCCCAGAGCCACGCCAGCGUGGACCCCAGCACCCUGCGCCCAACGAGCCCCGGGGGCAACAGGACCGGUGACAUCACGGAGGGGCUGACGGACUCAGGGGAGCCGGACUGCAGCUCCGGGCAGCCGUGCCCACCGUGGAGCACCUGCGAGGCCUGGGCUGGGCGCGUCGCCUGUCGCUGCAGCCUGGGCUUCCACUUCAUCCGGGCGCUGGGCUGUGUGCCGGCCAGGACCUUCCCCGGGCGCCUGUCACUGCGGGACACUGGGCUGCUGCCCCGGCGCCACGUGCCGGCCACGGAGCUGCACCGCGUCGCCACCCAGCUGGAGGGGCUGUUCCAGCCCAUCCUGGGGGGCCUAGACGGCUACCUGGCCUCGUCCGUGCUGGACCUGCAGCCCCGCAGCGCGGCAGUGACGGUGCUGCACAGCUUCUCAGCGCUGGCCGGGACGUCCGAGCGGCAGGUGGACGAGGCAGUGGUGUGGUUCCAGGUUCAGUGCUUGGUCUCCGACCCCGCCUGCCACUUCCUGCGCCACAUCGUCUCCUACCACAGCCUGAGCCUGUGCGAGCUGGAGCCCUGUGACCCCGUGUCCACGCACUGCAACGUCCAGGACGGGCUGGCCCGGUGCCCCUGCCGCCCGGGCUACCACCCCGCCCGGCCCCCUGCCCGCGCCUGCACAGCCUGUGCCAGCGGCUUCCAGCUGCAGGACGGCGUCUGCACCAGGUGCCCCUUCGGCUUCAGCGGCUUCCAGUGCGAGGAGCCCUUCCUGCUGGCGCUGGUUGCCGUUUCCUGUGCGGGGGGGCUCCUGCUGCUGCUGCUGCUUGCCACCCUCGUGCUGCUGGGCAGAGCCAGGGCCCCCGUGCAGCCCCCCAGCCCAGCCCCACCACCCUUUCCGGCCCGGGGGCUGAGUCUGCCCCGUGUGCGACCACGCUGGCUGCCGGAGGAGUUGGAGAUGCGGGAGCAUGGCCCAGGGCCCCAGCCCCGCUGGGAUGGGACAAGCCUGCGCCCUGGGCCCCUGCCAGUCCCAGCACCCCCCAUGAAGACGUUUGUGGAUCCGCGCAGCUCCCGGGACGUGGCGCUGCAGCGAGGAGGCAGUCAGGCCAACCUGGUGUUCGUCAGCCAUGAGGACUGGGCCCGCCGGGACUACUUUUGAGGGGCCAGGCCACUGUGGCCCCUAGCCCAGCCCAGCCCCUCUGCCCUGCCCUGCCCUGCCCUGCUCUGCCCUGCCCAGGGCCGUGUGCAAGUGGAGGUCUGUAGGGAAGAGCUCAAUAAAGGCAGUGGAAGCUG